GUAAUUUUAGUUUUCUUUUCUUUUUCUUUAGUUUGUUUUUGAAAGAGAAAUAAAGACGGUGGUUUGAUUUCGUUAAGCUUUCGUGUUUAUUUUCUCUUGUGUUAUUCUUUACCUUUUACUUCAUAAUUAAAACUAGCGAAUACCACAAUAUCAUUAAACGACGGAGAAUUAUGUUCAAAUGCUACAAAAAUCGCACGAAAUGAAAAUAGAUUGCUGUGUAAAAGACAAUGAUGAUAAAAAAUCUGCUCUAGGACGAAAAAUUGACUUGCUUCUCAAUGCAAGCUUCAUGGAAAUAAGCUCCUCUGAAUGGAAGAAGGACGGUAUAUCUUUUGGACUAGCAGAACAGCAACAAAUAAAAAAUGUCCGCACAAACAGUGCCAUUCUUCGAGAAUUAUUGAAAUUACCUAUAAACCAAGAAAAAAAGAAUGAUUUAUUCGUUCUUGGGAUGGAUUGGAUCGGUGUUUGCGGCUAUGUCUUUGCCGUGAAAGAGACAAAUGAUGUACACGUUGCUUAUCAUGUUGGGGAUUUGAUUCUUCCUGCCUCCCUCUCCUCGUUUGAAGAUUUUCAGAAGACUCUUGAUACACUUUUCUCUUUUAAAAAUCAUCAACUGAGACUCAAGAGGAUUAUUGAGCCAGCUUACAACAAACAAAGUGCCUCAAAUACGUUGAGAUCUUUUAGAUCUGUCACCCCACCUCCAAACCAACAAUCAACACCGCCUAAAACAUUUUUUACGCCUGUAAAAAAGCAAUAAUAAUUAAAAAAAAAAUGGCAAUCAAUAAAGCGUAUAUAUUUCGUAUCAUGUCGCGUUUAUACAAGUGCUACAACCUUGUCCAAACGGCGGUAAACACAAUUUGAGCCCUUGAAGUAAUUGCAGAAUUAUAACUUGCAUUUCUGUAACACACUUGAUUCUUAAUGUACGAAACUGGAUGAG